AUAUAUAUAAUAUAGCAUAUAUAGCUAUAAACUUAGCUAUUUCUGUACUGUGCAAGUAAAUGAUACAUAAAGAAAGAAACCAAACAACCUUUUCAGCAAAUCCAAGUCCAUAAUUAUAAAAACUAUUUAUUUCUUAAUUUUAUGUUCCCUUUCGUGGAGCCAACCAUGAUGGAAGCUUUAGUGGCUGGAUGAAAAGAAGCGCCAUCAUGCCUCAAGAGAAUCUAUCCAGAAACAUACCACUUUCAGAAAAAUAAGUCUAUUUCCUUUUGAAGCAGGAUAUACUGUUUCUAUGCUAAGGGAAAAUAAUAUAUGUGAUAGCUUACUUGGUUGGCCAUGUAGGUUGCUAAUCUGUGAAGAGCAAAUACCAUACUAGCACCUUUAGGUAAGUCUUAAAGAAGUUAGUUGUUCACCAUGGGGCUCACCAGAAUCUGUCGCUGACAGUGAACACAGCGGAAUGUGGUUUUCUCACAUUUUGUUAAUACUUUGAGCCUGAUGCCUCAUAUAAGAAGAAAGAUAAGGUAUUUUCUUGGAGAAAAAGACAAAUCAGUACUGUUUUAUUGCUGAUCUCCACUGCAAUGAGUUUUCAUUUGACUGUUACACAAUGCAGUAAGUUCAUGCACUUCUGUGCUUCCCUUAAGAAGAAGUUUCAAAAUUGCUAACAGAAAGUGAAAGCUCUGUGAUAGUCUUUAAAAGUUGUGGGCUUUGCAGAACUGCUCUUUUUCUUUUCUUUUACUGACUGUGACUGCACUGCCCUCAAAACGCAGAGAGGCCACUGGAAGCUUUAGCAGAAAAUGGAAAAAUUGCGCAAAAUAAUGGAUUCUUUUAUCAGCAACAAGAAGACUCUGGGUUACAGCAUUGUGUCCCUGCUGACAAUUGCCAGCAUCCGUGUUCGGGAGAAGAAACACUGCUGUGGCUUUUGGGAAAAAGGUUGCUUCUACCUGAAAGUGCUGGCACCAGUGACAGCCGGCACCGUGGUGGCCCCCCUCACCUGGAUUGCUGUGGCCCUACUCAGCGCCAGCUUCUAUGAGUGCGCAGCCAGUGGGAACCGCUUCAUCAGGAACAAGGUGUGCACAAACCAGACAACCUUUAAAGAAUGCCAGAAGCUGCUGGAGAAAAUACCCUGUGAUGAGAGUGCUGUCGAACCAUUUCUGAGUGAGAAUUCAACUUAUAUAGCUAAAUUUGUCAGCUUUCGAGCACAGUCUCAGAUCAUAGGAUGGUUGCUGGUAGCCACCAUCAUUAUUGUGGCACUCAUUUCAACAUGCAUCAGCCGCUGUCACUCCCCAGUUAGCUAUUUGCAGAUGAAGUUCUGGAAAAUUUAUAUGGAAAAGGAACGAGAGCACUUCAAAACCAAGGCUGAAGAACAUGCAGGUCAGCUGGCCAGAAGAAACAUAAAUUGCUUUUUUGAAGCCACCAACCCACCGCCAUUUCAGACUCCUCACAGUGAAGACUGGCAGAAGACUUCAUUCCCAUAUACCUUCAAUAAAAAUGAUCAGUAUUACAGCAUGAUACACAAAUACAUUGAUACAAACAGAGGCAGUACAUCUGGUGAAGGAGGUCAGGUUUUCUCUGUUUUUGGGUUUGUGGAUGAAGCACAUGCAAGUGAUCAAGGGGUUUAGUUAAAAUAUAUAUAUAUAUGCAUACAUAUAUAUAUAUAAGCAGUUUGUAGCACUGGUAAUCUUUUAACCUUACUGAUCUAAUAGAAGCUUUAUUCCGUGCUUUUACUGAAAUCAAUGAGAAUUACGUGUUAAAGGCUGGUAUUGUAAACCCUGGGAGACUUUUAAAAAUAAGCUUUAUACUUUUGCUUAAAUACAUUUAAAUUAGAGCAUGGUUCACAAUGGGGUUUUUUAUUAUUAUUAUUAUGUCAGUGAUCAUUAGGAAAAAGUCCUAUGUAAAACAGUAAGCAUCCACAGCAAAGAUGUCAGCCGGCACUGUGUGAUUACUACUAAACAUCUUAAGGGCAUUUAGCAGCUGGAGUGACCAAGCCAAGCUUUCAUGCUUGUCAGUAAAGGGAACGGAAAUUUUAACCAGCAUUUUGGCUUAGUAUAUUAGCUAUCAUUUGACUUACUUAAGAAUAUAUUUUUUCAGAGGAGAAUGGAGGAAGCUCAGGUCCAAGAUAUUCACUAUCAGACAUUCAGUUUUUCAAGGCAAGGAGGAUGUCUUUUAAGAUAAGUUAGCAUCUUGGAGCUACCUGCACACAAAGACUAGAUAUACAGAGAAUGACUUCAGGUGGUCAUCAGCUGGAAUAAGUGUGCAAAACAAUUCCAGCAAUUUACUCCUUUGUCUCCAGCUGCCUUAGCUAAUAACAGUGCAACUGAAAACUUCAUCUGUUUUGAAUUUUCUUUACCCCUGUCUGAUUGUGAUCAAUUUUUGCAAUAGGAUUUUUUAAUUAGCUUUGUUACUUGUUUCCUGUUACUCUUAAACUCUUCCAUAGGAAAAAUAAAAGUACAUUUUGGAUUGUUUCAAGGAAAGCAAAAUAGCAUUAAACUUCCAGUUUAUAUUCCA